AUGCAGGAAGAAAUUAAAAAAAGCACUGAAAUGCUUUCUAAAGAGGCACACAAGGUAUACCAUGCAAUAGAGCAGCAUAACUUUCAUUUAGACUCUCUAGAGCAGCAAACAGAGAAGUUGGAAAAUAAAAGUAGAGCACUCUCGAACAAACUACUAAAGACAAUGAAAGAAAUACGAAAGGAUGGACGAAAUACAAUUAUUAUAGCACUCACAAUAACCCUUAUUAUUCUUAUAAUCUAUCUACUGUGA